AUGAAACCAGUUUUAGCAGACCCGACCCGCGCUUGGAAACAGGAUGGUGGCAUCAAACCAUUCCCAGUACACAAAGCCUACGAAAGCCAUCGGGCGUAUCGAAAUUCCGAGGAAUCCACGGGAUUGUCCCGUACUAUGCCAGAUAUGCCUCGGUUGCCACCCCAGGCCAUGGCAACGGCGUUUGCGCCAGCAACGGGCCAAGCGCGGUCCUCUACAUACCAAUACAAAGACUCAAACAGCAUUCAAGACGAACUCCCGGGCUCUUCUUUGAUGUUUCAGCCCCUUAGCAAAUCACCUGAACUUAGAGUUAAUCAAAAACUUGCUGAGCGCAAACGUCGUACGGAAAUGAAAGAACUCUUCGAUCAGUUGAAUGACAGUAUACCUCAAACGGCUGAGAAGCGUUCCAAGUGGGAAAUCCUCACAUGUGCCAUUGAGGAACGCCAGCGUCAACAACAACAUAUCGCGCUGUUGCAAGAACAGCUUGCGGAUAUUUUCAAAGAACAGGAGUGGCUCAAACUGGAGAUGGAAAAGCUACGUAAGGAAAAUGCGCACCUUCACUCCGAAGACACACGUUACGUGCGAGACGGAGGCUAUCCUGAUCGAGAAUCCUCGAUCAGUAUUAAAGUAAACCAACCUCCUCCGUUCUCGCGCUCUAGUUCCGGUCCAUUUUUAUAUGACAUCGAGGAAGCCGACGAAAUAUCGCCGUCGUCACGAACGCCCUACAACCCCCCUGAUGAUUUGGACUCAUGCUACAGCGAUGUCGACAGUAUUCUGUCAGCAGCACUUACUACAAGCACCGCCGAUAGCUCUGUCAUGUCGAGUGCAUUCGAAGAAUUGUAUAUCAUUAUCUCUCGCGACGAGGAACUAGAAGGUCUUUUUGCGUAUGCAAGGUCGCACGUUGAGACAGACGUUUUUCGGCGCAGACUGGCAUGGCUUAUUUUACAGCUUGGUGAGGGACUGAGAAACGAAUCUACCACGGAGAAUCAAAAUCAGACGGCGAGGUUUGUUCGCGCAAAUGCAAAGAAAAUAGCUACUCGAAUCACAGCUACUUCGACGUCCAUAAGCCAGCAUCUCAUUCAGGACCCGAGUUAUCUGGACAAGUUCCCUGAGAGUAGGCAUACGGAUGAGCAAAACGAAGAUACCGAAUCCACGGAUUCCUCGAGCUCAAGUCCGAAUGACAGUCGUGAGGUUGAGGUAUUACGUGUGUUUGUACGCUGUUCGGACGCCUUUGCCAAGCUACGCGCAGAGUUAAGAACAUGGCUGAACGUCCCAUACAAAGCUACAGCCAGGAUAGAAGAGGAGGUUAAACGGGAAGAUCAGGAGGAGAAGGGGGUUCAGGGAGCCCCACGUAGUGAGUUUCAGUCACUAUUUGAGCAGGGUGGCGAUUAUGUUGAGGAGUGGGUAAGCAGUAUUUAUGUGGAAUCAACUGCUUAUCGUAGCAAGCAGGGAACACCCAAGGGAGAUCUUGAACAUGGGAAACUUGAGCUGAUGAAUCUAGCUCUAAGAUCGGGGCCAGUUUCGAGGGUAUCCCUGAAUGAGCCCGAGUCCUGCGAUGUAUCUCAAGAUCCAACGACAGAGUUAACGCCGACUUCAACUGCAGAACAAGAGAGCCCCUUUCCGGCUCUUGAGAGACUUGCUUAUUGGAUGCAGACGAGCUUGAACUUGGUCACUUCCAUAUUGCGCUCACCUAUUCCCGAAGGGCAUUCUCGCGUGUCUUGGAAAUGCCUAUGCGGGGAUUCUAUGAGUAUAGAUGUACAAGCCGAGAAGUUGAAUGCAGCUCUGAAGUUUGCACAUCAAAUGGCCGGUGCAACAAAUGGAGAGACUAUAAGAGUAUACUCAUCACAGUCAUCUCUUGGUUCGAAUACAACAACAAACUCGAACUCUUCCCAGGAUAUUGAGAGAUCAAUUUCCUCUUCGUCGACUCCUCCAGAUCCAGAAGCUAUUGAGUUGGAUAACCGAACAUCCAGUGCACCCGGCGAGCACGUCAACCGAUAUCUACUGUUUUGUGCGGACAGCGGAUCAACUCUUCAAGCGAUGGAGCACAUUGAUUUGACAGCGAAGUUGGAAGACGGUGAACUUUGGGAUGAGUGCAGGACAGCCUACCAGCGUAUCCGGAACCGGAAUGACUUCGGUUGGAGGAACUGGAUCCAGGAACGCUUUUUCCAAUUGCGGCAGUUGAAGCUAUCGGGAACUUCGGCCUGUAUUAUCGACCCUGACUCUGUGCCGCCAUUGGAGGAGCUGAAGCAUGGGAAUUACUGCUUCUCGGCUCUUGACCUAGCCUCUUCUAGCGACCGGUCAUACCAGGCCAAGUUCUUCAUGCACUGCUUUCUUAAGGCUGGCGAUCAUACAUCCAACGGCAGUUCUAUCGCCGCACUCCCCAAGAAGCUCAGGGAAGAACUUCGAGUGCUCAGAGAUGGGAGUAGUAAUGUGGCAUGGGGAAUAUAUAUCGAAAAUGAUACGGAUCUAGGGCUGCUGGCUGUCAUCAUGGUAGCUUGCCUCUUGAUGACGACAUUUAUUACCUGUAUUUGGUGCGGUCUCAUGAAUGACGUCCAAGGAGGGACGGGAAUCGGGCAGUAUAUUUUGGGGGCGGCCAGCAUUAUUUAUGCGCUAAGUCUAGGGACCAGGAGGUAG